CCCACUUUGAUUUCCCUCCUUGACAUCACUCUUUGUUUGUGCGCUUUUUUUCGAGUGAACUGUUCUAUACCCUGCCGCCAAAAUGUCGAAGCCAUUCAACCCCGAGGAGGCGGAGAACCUGGAGGAUAUGGAGAAGCAGUUCGCCGUGAAAGCGGUGGAGCAUCUUAUGACAUACUGGGCUAUCCUGGAGAAGGUUAAGGGCUCGCAGCUCCGCUUGACCAAGCAGGACAACGAGAUCUACGAGUCGUUCAUGGAAGCCUUCCCCGAUUUCGACCCCGCCGGUGAACUCAACGAGGACCAGAUGAAGAGCAAGGCCGGCAAGGAGAAGUGGCGCAACUGGAUGAUGCAGUGGGAGAAGAUCGACGACUUCAACUUUGGCACAAUCAUCCGCACCCGUGCGGAUGCCGAGUAUGACCAGGACACCACCAUUUUCGGUGUGCGCAUGCAGUUCUACGCUGUUGAGAUCGCCAGAAACCGCGCCGGUCUCAACGACUGGAUCUACGAGAAGGCCCAGAAGGCCAGCUCCUGAUUGUAGAGCCCGCAUUGUUCCCGCCCUUCUUAAAUUCGAGAAUGGUUCCACAUCCGGGCUGGUUGGCCGACGGCAUUUGCCGGUUUUCUGGAGGUACGGAUGAUGAGCGGCCUCGAAGCUCUGAUUUACUGGCAGUGCAUUGCAGUAUCAUGGCUUUGGGUCGAUUACGAUAGAAUUGUGGACAUACCCCAUAGACAUGUGGUUCUGAUCGAACCAUCGCGAUUCCUAUGUGGAUUGAUACUGUCCCUCGAGAUUUGGACUGACCGUCAUCAUUUGAGUCCACAAUAUACCCAGAAUAAAAUAUUCUUUUCAUUGAUUCAAAUCUAUUUCUUAUCUCAGUUCGCAAGUGUGAUAAUGCUGCCUCGGACGUUCUGGGUGGCCAUCCCGCACCAAACGUGACACUAUAUACACCUUCGUGCAGGUCCAAGAAUACAUUCAGC